AAGAUGCAGGCUGUGUCUGUCGGACUGCUCCUCUUCAGUAUGACCUGGGCGGCACCCAUGCUGAACGAACACAGCGGCAGCGGCAACCAAGGCAACAUCCACAGGGACUUAGCAGCAUCUGUGUAUCCUGAGCCCACCGUGGGUGAAGGCGCUGAGGAUGGGCAAGAUGCUCCCCUUCACCUGCCUGGCCAGGACAGGCAUGGUGCUGCCCUCCUCAGAAAUAUCACACAGCCUGUAAAGCGUCUGGUGACUGGGACUGAACUACGGAGGGAUGGAAUCCAAGAGAAGAGACCUCGGAGUGUUCUAAGUGUAAUUCCAGCCGAUGUCAAUGAUGCUAAAGUCUCCUUAAAAGAUAUAAAGAAUCAACAGAGGUAUCUACUGUCCCUGAGCAGCCCGGUAAAAAGCCAACAUGCCCGUCAGACCCGACGGAGCACUCACUACCUAACGCAUCUCCCACAAAUCAGAAAGAUUCCCAGUGACUUUGAAGGCAGUGGCUCCCCAGAUCUUCUAGUGAGGGGAGAUAAUGAUGUCCCUCCUUUCAGUGGAGAUGGGCAACAUUUUAUGCACGUUCCUGGCAAAGGAGGUGCUGUAGGGCCUGGUCCUGAAAGCUCAGCUAGUCGCCCUAUUUCAGGCUCCAGCAAAGCUGAGGUUGUUGACCCACACAGGAAUGGACUAGGCUCUAAUGAGAUCCCAGGGAGAGAAGGACAUGGUGGCAGUGCCUAUGCAACCAGAGACAAAGCCACACAGGAGGCGGCAGGCUCUGUGGGUGGGAGCCUUGUGGGGGGCAACAAUGAAAUCACAGGCAGCACCAAUUUCAGGGAACUCCCCGGAAAAGAAGGAAACAGAAUUGAUGCCGGCAGCCAAAAUGCUCAUCAAGGGAAAGUAGAAUCUUACUAUCCACAAGUGACCUCAAGGGAAAAGGUAAAGGGGGGUGGCAGGGAGCAUGCAGGGAGAGCUGGUUACAACGAAAUCCCCAAGAGCAGCAAAGGUAGCUCAAGCAAAGAUGCAGAAGAAUCCAAAGGGAGCCAAUUAACCUUGCCUGAAAGCCAAAGAUUUCCAGGUAAAGGCAAAAGCCAGGGCCCGGCUUCUCCUUCUCACAGUCUUAGUAAUGAGGUUAAAAGUGAAGAAGACUCCUCAAACGUUCUCAGUAGAGAGGGAAGUGUAAUAGCACACCGCAGAACAAACCAUUAUGUGUUCCAUGGACAAAAUAAUCUUACACGGAAUAAGGGGAUGUCACAGUGGAGAGGUUCCUGGCCUUCGAGAAGACCCCAUUCCCACAGGCGCGUUAGCACCCGACAAAGAGACAGCAGUGAAUCGUCCUCCAGUGGGAGCUCCAGUGAGAGUCAUGGUGACUAG